GGAGAAUGUUGGGGACUACGUAUCGAGGAGAGUUACAUGAAGUCAAACUGACAAGAGGCAACGUCGUUGUGUAUCUAAUAAAUAAUCAGAAUGGACUUUCACUCAGUAAACAUAUUUCCGUAACUCUAACUGAUUUGGAAAUGUCAGACUCUGAUUUGGAAGAAAGAUAUAACUCAAUAGAAGACAGACUAUUGGCGGGGGAUAAUUUAAAGGCUCUACAGACUAUAUCUUACAUCGCGGACAUCAUACCUCCUGACAAGGAUAAGAGUGCGGUUUUAAACAGACUACUUGAAUACGUCACUCAG